ACGAAUUACAAACAUUAAACAUUAUGUUUAAUGAACAAUGGAUUAGUAAUUAGUGGAUCAAAAAUGCUUGCAUAAGCAUUGGUUGAUAAUUACCAUUCUAGUGUCACAGCUGGUACUCCAUUUUACCUUAAAGACUAAAGUAUUAGUACCUAGCUGGUACUAGUAUCAAUAGUAUCAUAUUACUGAAACCUAAUAUUUAAUAAUUUGUCACCAACAAGUAAUUGAUCUAUAUUAUUUUCAUUUUUCAUUAUUAAGUUUUCUGAAAUUAUAUAUUAUAUUAUAUACCUAAUAUAGUAAUGUAAAAAAGUGUUACAUUAUGUAACAGUAUUAUACAUUCAUGCCAUGACUUGUAUUAUUUAUUAAAGCUUGUAAAGUCAACUAGUGAAUAUAAAACAUAAAUUUGGAAUUAUUAUAAAAUAAACGUUAAAAUCUAAAACCAAAUGGACGGAAAAACUAAAAGUAAUGAAGUUCUAUACUCGCCGAGCCAAUGGUGUAAACGAAUGGAUCCAUAUAUAGUGGUCAAUAAACAUAUUGAAAUAGUUAAAUUAAUUAGUGAACAAAUUAAGAAAUCCAGAUAUUGUAAAACAACAAAUAUAAGAUAUGGAUCUGGUGACCAACAGCUGUUAGACGUUUAUGAAGAUGGACUGAUUUCUUCGGAUUGUACUUUUGUUUAUAUUCAUGGAGGAUAUUGGCAAGAAUUAAACAAAGACAUUUCUGCGUAUUGUGUAGGACCAUUAGUAAAUGCUGGGAUUCGAGUGGUUGUACCUGGUUACGAUCUCGCACCAAAAGUAACUCUGUUUAAUAUAGUUGAAGAAAUCCAUCAAAUGUUAUCAUAUUUAAAGGAUUCUUUAAAAUAUAAAAAUAUUUGGUUGGGAGGACAUUCAGCAGGUGCUCAUUUAGCUGCAUCGAUGAUACAUCCUGAAGUAAAUGAAAACAUUGGUGUUAAAGGAUUUAUACUCAUCAGCGGUAUAUUUGAUCUUAAUCCAUUAUUGGAGACUUCUAUAAAUAAACCACUGAAGUUAAACAAGAACACUUGUCUAGCACUAAGUCCACUGAAUAAUCUAUAUGGACUUGAUUUUACACAUAUAACGGCUCAGAAUCGUUUAAAAAUUCUUGUAGUUUAUGGAGAAAAUGAUUCUCCAGCUUUCCAUUUCCAAUCAAAACAGUUUGCCAAAUUUCUGGAAAAACUUGGUUUAGAUGUAAUAGAAGAAAGAAUAAAUGGAGUAGAUCAUUUUGACAUUGUAGAGAAUCUAUCAAGCAUAGACUAUUCUCUUACAAAAAGAAUUAUUAAUUUUAUUCUUAACUGAAUGUUGCCAUUCAGUAACUUAGUAUUAUUAUUUAUUAUAUGUUAUGUAGGUACCUAUUUAUGUACAUUGUAUAACUUACAUAAAUAUAUUAUACUCUUAAUACAGUGGAUUCCGUCUAAUGUAGGCACCGUUUAAUAUGGUCAAUAUGGACAAAAUGGUCCAAUGUGGGCAAAUGAGUUUGGUUCCGAUGUAUCCAUAUUAAGCGAAAUUCACUGUACUCAAUAAUCUAAAAUAAUGUAACUGUAUAAGACAUAAAGAUGUAUCAAUAUUCAAUAUUAAAUAUUAUUAUCUAUGUAUUUAAUUUAUAUGAUAGUUUAAUCCAAAAAAUGUAUAUUGUAUAGUCAUAAUGUAAGUAGAUAGGUAUAGUAUUAAUACUUAUAUAAUACAUUAAUACUUAUGGUAUCUAUUUUACUUUUUAAUUAAAUA